AUGGCCGAGCCGGGCAGUGACUCUGGAUCUUGCAACGGAGAUCGCAGUCACUCUGGAACUUGCAACGGAGAGCACAAACACACGAAACUGGACGGUAGCCAGUGGGGCUUGCGACGGCGAGCGACGGCGAGCGCCGGUGACAAACUGGACGAACUGGACGAACGUACGGACGGCACGGACGGCGGCGCUGGCAACAGACUGUUCACGGCGGCGUGGCGCUGGGGGCGUACACCCGAGUGGUUAAGUGAGCAUCGACCGCGGACUCUACAAAGGACAUCAAUCUCGCUGUCAGUUGGACAUGAACCGGCGCAGCGAACGCAGUUGUUCGCUGACGGCCAUCAGGACUUUGGACGCAUAUCAGCAUCGUGGACCAUCAAACCCGGCGUGCAGGGUAGAGCGAAUCGAUGA